CCAGUUUUCAGUGUCCCGCGCUGUCCGCUGCUGAUGUGUGCGCGUGAGAGAGAGAGAGAGAGAGAGAGAGAAAGAACUUUUCACUCUGAGUUUCUAUUGUCGGGUUGUUUUUCCUGGAGCGGAGUGAGUGUGUGUCAGUGUGUGUGUGUGUGUGUGUGGGAAAGUGUGCAAGCGGAUUUUUAUUUAUUAUUUUUAAAACCCUUUCCCCUUCUCCGCUGAGGACUCUGCAGCAGGAGGAAAUGUCGGGUGGAUUUGCGCUCGCGCUCCUCCGGUAACCCGGAUUCUGUGCGCGAGUCCCGGAGCGCGCGCUGCUGCAGGAACACACGGGGAAUUCACCAUUAAAGAAUACACUCUCACUCACACACACACACACACACUGUUUUAUUUCUCUCCGGUAAUCUGGAUUUACAACUUUAAUGUCGGAAAUUUAAAGUGUCCCGGUCCGAGCGGUGGCGCGCGCAGCAGUGUGUGGGUGUGUGUGUGGGGGGGCUGCUGUAAUUGAUUAGUGAAGAAUAGAAGUGUGUGAGGAGUGUGUAACGGAGAGAUGGAGCGCGUGCACUCGGUGUGGACGGUGUGUGUGUGUUUCGCCUUCAUCAGACUCAGCAGCUGGAGUUCAGCAGAAGAAGAAGUUGUGAUGAAUACGAAGUCAGAAACAUCUGAUCUCAGGUGGACCAUCUACCCUGCUACUGAUCCUGAGUGGGAGGAGAUGAGUGGUCUGGAUGAAGAAGGAAACAGUGUGAGGACGUUUCAGAUCUGUCCUGACGGGGGCUCAACAUCUCACUGGCUAAGGACACGUCUGAUCCCAGUGGGCGGAGCCUCUCAGCUCUAUGUGGAGAUUCGUUUCACCAUCAUGGAGUGUGGCUCACUGCGCACACACUCACACACACACACCUGCAAGGAGACCUUCAAUGUCUACUACUACCAGAGCGAUGAUGACUCAGGCACGCUCACACACCCUGCCUGGAUGGAGAACCCAUACACCAAGGUGGACACGGUGGCAGCUGACUUCCUGUUGCGUCGCGGUGGUGAAAGGAAGUCGAACGUGAAGACGCUGCGUGUUGGUCCGAUCACUAAAGCUGGGGUUUAUUUAGCGUUCCAGGCUCAGGGUGUGUGCAUGGCGCUGCUAGCCGUGCGUGUUUACAUUAAAAAAUGCCCCUCCAUUGUUCGCAAUUUCUCCGCCUUCCCUGAGACUCUUCCUCAUUCGCUGGUGCAGCAGGCUCAAGGCGAGUGUGUGGAGAACUCUGCCCCCUCAGGUCCUGAUGCCCGCCCACCCACCAUGCUGUGUGGAGAGGACGGGCAGUGGGUGGAGCCUGCUUCAACUUCCUGUGCAUGUAAAGCCGGAUACGAGCCCGUGGACACGGACCGCUGCCGAGCAUGUGGGUCGGGUCAGUACAAGGCACUGAUGGGAGCGAGUGUGUGUCGUGUGUGUCCAGUGAACAGUAACACACACUCUCCUGGAGCUGCUGUGUGUUCCUGUCGCCCUGGUUACUACAGAGCACCAACCGACACACCUGACAUGGCCUGUACCAAGCCCCCCUCUGCACCUCGGAACAUUGUCCCGCAGGACAAUGACACAAUGGUAGUGUUGGAGUGGAGUGAGCCUGUGGAGCGCGGUGGACGCUCGGACCUGUCGUACUCUGUGGAGUGUGUGCGCUGCAGUGCAAGUGUGUGUGUGCCAUGUGCGGAGAGUGUGCUGUAUCGGCCCGCGCAGUCAGGAUUGACGGCGCGGAGAGUGGUGAUCCACGGCCUGCAACCACACACACGCUACACCUUCACCAUCUUUGCUAUCAACGGAGUUACAGCUGCCAGCAACACACAUGCUGCAUCAGUUAGCAUCAACAUCACCACCAGCAGCUAUGUCCUCGUCCCAGUCUCAGGAAUCAGGAGAACAAAUGUAUCUGAGACAAGUCUGACUCUGAGCUGGAAUGUCCCGGAACACACACUGCACACCAUAACAGAGUUCCAGCUACGAUAUUCUCUACAGGGUGAGGACGAAGCAUGGCAGUAUGUCAGCAGUAAACUGAACUCAGUGGUUCUGCCGAAUUUGUCUCGCUCAUCUCAAUACAGAGUUCAAGUACGAGCCAGAACCAGCGCUGGUUACGGACAGUUCAGUAGCCUUGCUACAGUCAGAACACUGCCUGAUGAUGCCGAGUCUCACACUCGCAUGAUAGUGACUGGUGUGUUGGUUGCUAUGGGACUCCUUAUCCUCAUCGCCGUAGUAACUGUUGCCAUAUUUUGCUUCCGAAAGCAUAGCAGAAUGAGGGACUCAGAGUUGGAUAAAAAUGGACAGUAUCUCAUGACUCCAGGCAUGAAAGUUUAUAUCGAUCCAUUUACAUAUGAGGACCCGAACGAAGCAGUGCGAGAGUUCGCUAAAGAGAUUGACGUCUCGUUCGUGAAGAUUGAAGAGGUAAUCGGAGCAGGGGAGUUUGGUGAGGUGUGUCGAGGACGCCUGCGUGUUCCUGGUAAGAAGGAGAACUACGUGGCUAUCAAGACUUUAAAGGGGGGCUACACAGACAAACAGAGGCGGGACUUCCUGUCUGAGGCGUCAAUCAUGGGCCAGUUCCACCAUCCCAACAUCAUCCACCUGGAGGGAGUGAUUACUACUUCCUGUCCAUCCAUGAUCAUCACCGAGUACAUGGAGAAUGGAGCACUUGAUUCAUUCCUCAGGAUGAAUGAUGGUCAGUUCACCCCCCUGCAGUGUGUUGGUAUGCUUCGUGGUAUAGCCAGUGGGAUGAAGUACCUCAGUGAGAUGGGCUUCGUCCACCGAGACCUCGCUGCCCGGAACAUCCUCGUUAACAGCAACCUGGUGUGUAAAGUGUCUGAUUUUGGUCUGUCCAGGUUCCUGACGGAGAGUUCCUCAGACCCAACGUACACCAGCUCGCUGGGUGGGAAGAUUCCGAUUCGCUGGACAGCUCCUGAGGCAAUCGCAUUCCGUAAAUUCACCUCCGCUUCCGAUGUCUGGAGUUACGGCAUCGUCAUGUGGGAAGUGAUGUCAUUCGGAGAGCGGCCAUAUUGGGACAUGAGCAACCAGGAUGUGAUCAAUGCUAUAGAACAAGAUUACCGUUUGCCCCGCCCCACCGAUUGCCCUGCCUCCCUGCAUCAGCUGAUGUUGGAUUGUUGGCAGAGAGAGCGUGCAUCCCGCCCCCGAUUCUGUGACCUCGUAAACUCUCUUGACAAGCUUAUUCGCAAUCCCACCUCUCUCAAACACACCACUCACUCACAGGACGGGUUGUUGCUGGAUCAGCGUCCCUCACUCUCUCAGUGUAUGUCUGUAAGUGAGUGGCUGAAGGGUAUCAAAAUGGAGCGAUAUGAGGAGAACUUCAUACAAGCUGGGUUUACCACGUUAGAGCUCAUCGCUCAGAUCAGCACUGAGGACCUGCUGCGUAUCGGUGUCACCCUGGCUGGUCAUCAGAAGAAGAUUCUCUCCAGCAUCCAGACCAUGAGAGUCCAAUCCAAAAACUCACUGAGAUACUGAACACACACGAUGGAAAAGUCUCCUUCCCAUGAUCCUUUGCACUUCGAGACCACUACACAUGAUGGCCAACCAUAGUGUCUCCACAAGGAAUACCUUCAUCGAUCACACCCACCAGUCGAAACUCACUAUAUUUGUAGAUGUCAUAGGACGUGCUCCAUGUCCAUCUUUGGAUCGUGCCUGAUGACAUCACACUCUGUACAUUUCAGCAUCCAAUCAGAGCUCACCGUUUUUACAAAAGAUCUAUGAUGUCAUUACACAUCGCCGUGCCUCAUAGACCAACCACUGUCCGGCAUUCCAUGGUGUGUUCGCCUAACUGGCUGAGCUUGCACUCGGAUGUUGAGGAGAGACAGACUCCUUCCCAUCGUGCCUUGCAUUUCCAGUCUGGUAUACAUGACAACCAGUCAGUGUAUGUCCACUAGGGAUGACAUUACACCAUGAAACUUCAUGACGUUAAGGAAUUAUGAUGUAUUUAUGACACAGUUCUGUGGUGUUUACAUCUGAUUGGAUAAUCCUCCGCUCUGGGAUCGCCCAAUCACAUCCCACCAUUUCUUGCACUUCCUGUUUCAGGUGACACUCGGUCAAAGUGUCUCCAUGAAGGAUGACAUCACAUCGUUAAACUGUGCCAUCAUUAUGACAUCACAGUGCCUAGCAGACCUUUCACUGUGUGCUGUUCCAUGGUGCCUGAAGCUGAGUGGCUAAUGCUGUGCUUUAGUUUUGUCCAGUUACUUUUGAGAAAAGACUUAGUAGGAUGUACAGAUUUAAAAAUGAAGUUGUGGUUGCCUUGACAGCAGUUGCUAUGGUAAAUUUGUUGCCAUUGACACCUUCAUAACAUCACAGCUUUUUCCCUUUCCCUGAUGGUUUGGACCAAUCAGGAUGCAGGCAGCAGGACGGAGGUGACCUGUAGCCUUUUAGCCAUGAACUUUGACCUUAAAUUUUGCCACAGAAACACGCUGCCACUUCACAUUCUGGGAUUUUAACAAUGGAAUCUUCAUAUUGAAGGUCCGUUAUAUUUGAAUGAGCCGAUGAUUAUUUUGUAUAAUUUUUUUUGUAUGAAAUAAAUGAUUUGAAUAAAAUAUAAAAAGAGAAAUGAUUUGAGAA